AAAUGACAGAUAGAUCCAAAGGUCUUGAAGCACGCACCAAGAAAAUUAUACAUAACAUGCUUUAUCAAAUCAUUGUCAUACGAAUAAGAGAACUGCUUUUAUUUAAACAAGUCAUUAGAUUGGAUAGGAUUGAGUAUUCCUAAUCAUGUAUGCAUAGCUUCCCUUCACAAAUCACAAUCACAGCACAAUCACAAUCACAAUCACAAUCACGAAUCUCAGUGAGAAUGCGAAGGUGAAGAAGAUGCAGCAGAGUGGUGAGAUUGGGAGUGCGAAGGAGCGUAGAUCUUGUUGUAAGCAGUUUCACCAACGAGAUAGAUGCCGAAGGCGACCAGGGCUAUCCCGAGCCCAGGAGUUGCGUGACGAAACUGAUUUGUGAGCAUCGGAUGCUUCCUCCAUUCAUCCCUUCGCCUGAAGAACUCUCCGGUUGGUCCUAAUGUCUUCCCCAUCGUCGUCGAUUGAUCUGUGUCGCCGCCCCGGUUUGCUGCCUUGUUUGCCUUGCCCCAAUGGAUACGAAUGGCUGACUUCCGCCUUUACUUGGGCCAUACACACUCAAAGCCCAUAAACAGAUUGUCAUCGAUCGAUUCGAUAACCCAAUAACCCGACCCGAAUGAAAUGAUUAUACCCGGAUCGCCAUAUCCAGAUUUUCACAAGAUGCUGCUCUUCAAGUUUUAACAAGAAUGGCAUCUUAUUGUUGUCUCUCUUCACCGGUUUCAGGGGGGAACAAGAGGAGGUCAGCGGUGUUGCAGAGAGAAAGGGAUGACGAUUCUUCAGGUUAUGCCUUCCGUCAUUUCACCUUCCUCUCAGAUUUCCCUAUCUCAAAGUCAAAUUCCAUCCAACUCCAUCUACCUAUCGUCAGUUCACCACGGCCAGCAUCCUCGAUUCUUAUCUCCUUGCUCGUUAAGUACGAGAAAUUCCACUUCCCCUAGACGCCAUUCAAUUAUUAGAAGCUAUACAAUCAAUUGCUCCGCUCAUGAUUCUUCUAGCAUUACAAACCAGAGCAGUGAAUCUGUUAAAGAGAAAAGUGUCUCCGUGGUUCUUCUAGCUGGAGGGAAGGGAAAACGAAUGGGUGCAAGCAUGCCAAAGCAGUAUCUUCCCCUUUUAGGGCAACCAAUUGCUUUGUAUAGUUUCUACACUUUCUCACGGAUGCCAGAGGUUAAAGAAAUCAUUGUGGUUUGUGAUCCAUCUUACCAGGAUAUUUUUGAAGAUGCUAGACAGAAAGUCAAUGUUGACCUGAAAUUUGCAUUGCCUGGAAAAGAAAGACAAGAUUCUGUGUUCAGUGGACUUCAGGCAAUUGAUUUGAAUUCUGAACUUGUAUGCAUUCAUGAUUCAGCAAGACCUUUGGUAACUUCUAGUGAUGUACAAAAGGUUCUAAAUGAUGGUUUGCAUGUUGGAGCUUCAGUACUUGGUGUUCCUGCUAAAGCAACUAUCAAAGAGGCAAAUAGCGAAUCUUUUGUAGUGAAGACUUUGGACAGAAAAACACUUUGGGAAAUGCAAACUCCACAGGUCAUCAAGCCUGAGCUGUUGAAGAAAGGUUUUGAGCUUGUAAAUAGAGAAGGCCUUGAAGUCACGGAUGAUGUGUCAAUUGUUGAGCAUCUCAAACAUCCUGUGUACAUCACAGAAGGAUCUUAUACUAACAUCAAGGUUACAACUCCCGAUGAUCUUUUACUUGCUGAAAGAAUAUUAAAUACGGCCUCAUUUGUGACAGCUUAACUGUAAAUGUUAUUGCAUGACAUGACAUGCAUACAACAUAGGAACAUUAUUAAACCCAUUUUAAUCCAUGUAUUAAUCAAAACCCUUUUCUCUAUAUAUAAUCCUACUAGUAUAUAUUCCUUGUCCAUAUUGAAUAUAUGCUUUUUACAGGGUUUAGUUAGACUUUAGCUUUUAAAAGAGAGGUCGAAUUAAAGGAAAAGCUUCGUACGAG